AUGAGCGGCGCGGAGGAGCCAGACCCCAAAAAGCGGCGCACGAGCGCGGAGCCCCGCCCCGCGGCGGACAGCGGCGGCGGCGGCGGCAAGGAUGCUGAGGCGGCCCCGGCCGGCGGCGGCGGCGGCGGCGAGGAGCGGCGCCGCGGCGGCGGCUCGGGCGGCGGCGCGAAGCACACGCCCGUCGUGUUCGAGGGCCGCCCGCGGGACGAGGGCGGCGGCGGCGGCGGCGGCGGCGAGAACGCCCCGCGGCUGGAGCGGCAGCGGUCGUCGCGGCGCUGA